AUAUAUCUAUUCUUAUCUAUUACGACUGUCUGUGUACAAUGCAGUGCGUUUUAGCAAGGCUAUGGGCGUCUUCAACAUGGCUCACUCCUGCGUGCGCCUCAUGAACAUAAUUUAUGAAACUCAUGCAAUGAGGUCAUUGUACAUCACGUGUACCCCGACAUGUUUAAUUGAGCCUUAUACGUCGCUGUAGCCAGUCAACUUCAACACUGUUCCAGCUUUACCUUCGCUGUUAGCUGAUUUUCGCGACAAAAAGCAGCGAUCUAUUGGAUUUUACCACCAAGGACACUUCACAGAGGAUGUGCAACCGAUCUGUGACAUAAUCUGUGAAAAACUGUGGUAAAAACUGUGUUAAUAUGAAGUCAACGAUCCACUGGUUUCGGAAGGGGCUUCGGCUUCACGACAACCCGAGCUUGAGAGAUGCGCUUCAAAUGCUCCAGCCUGGAGACGUGUGGAGAUGUGUGUAUGUUUUGGACCCUUGGUUCGCUGGCAGCUCAAAUGUUGGAGUCAACAGAUGGAGAUUUCUCUUGCAGUGCCUGGAAGACCUCGAUGCGAGUCUGCGGAAACUAAAUUCACGACUCUACGUCAUCAGAGGUCAGCCCACAGAUGUGUUUCCACGACUGUUCAAGGAGUGGAAGGUUUCCUGUCUUUCGUUUGAGGAGGACUCGGAGCCGUUUGGUCGCGAACGCGACAUGGCGGUGAUGAAACUGGCAAAGGAGGCCGGAGUCAAGGUCAUCUUGCGGACAUCACACACCCUGUACAAAUUGCAAGACAUCAUUGAUGUGAACGGUGGGCAGCCACCGCUGACCUACAAGCGGUUCCAGGCCAUCCUGUCCAAGAUGGACCCUCCAGACCAGCCAGUAGACUCCAUCACAGCAAGUACAGUGGACAAUCUGACCACACCCAUCAGAGAUGACCAUGAUGAGAAAUUCGGAGUACCAUCCCUUGAGGAGUUAGGUUUUGACACAGAUAACUUGAACCCUGUUGUGUGGCCGGGAGGCGAGACAGAAGCCCUUACCAGACUGGAACGGCAUCUUGAGAGAAAGGCAUGGGUUGCAAGUUUUGAGAGACCGAAGAUGACUGCAUCCUCGCUGUUAGCGAGCCCCACAGGACUGAGCCCCUAUCUCAGAUUCGGCUGCCUGUCACCCAGAUUAUUCUACAAGAAGCUAACAGAGCUAUACAAGAAGGUUAAAAGAAGCAAUCACCCUCCGUUGUCGCUGUACGGCCAGCUGUUGUGGAGAGAGUUCUUCUACACGGCGGCCACGAAUAACCCCAACUUCGACAAGAUGGUCAACAACACCAUCUGCGUACAGAUCCCAUGGGACAAGAAUCCAGAGGCGCUGGCCAAGUGGGCAGAGGGCCAGACAGGGUUUCCCUGGAUCGAUGCCAUCAUGGCGCAGCUACAACAGGAGGGGUGGAUCCACCACUUGGCACGGCAUGCUGUGGCCUGCUUCCUAACCAGAGGGGACCUGUGGAUCUCCUGGGAGGAGGGCAUGAAGGUGUUUGAGGAACUCUUGCUGGAUGCCGACUGGAGCGUGAACGCAGGGAGCUGGAUGUGGCUGUCCUGUAGCUCCUUCUUCCAGCAGUUCUUCCACGUCUACUGUCCGGUCAACUUCGGGAGGCGGACUGACCCGAACGGAGACUUCAUCAGGAAAUACCUCCCCAAGCUGAGGGGCUUCCCCGCCAAGUACAUCUACGACCCGUGGAACUCUCCAGAGUCCGUGCAGAAGGCAGCUAAGUGUAUCAUCGGGAAAGACUACCCGCUGCCGAUGGUGAACCACGCGGAAACAAGCCGGAUCAACGUGGAACGCAUGAAGCAGGUGUACCAGCAGCUAUCACGGUACAGGGGCGCAGGUACGCAAUGUCUCCUGGCGACCAUCCCCUACCCAGAUGGAGGCAACGGGAACCCGACCGGACACAAGAAACACGCCAUCGUGCAGGGGAUGGAGAGACAACAUGCUGAGAGAAGAGAACAUGGGCAGCCUGCACAUAUGCCAUUGUUAAAACGACGCAGGUGGGAUUCCCACUUCCAGGCUGCAGAAGCUAGAGACCAGUCCGAAGGAGACAUGAGUAACGUGGACUGAAGAGGGAGAUUAACCGCAGGAAAAAGAAGACAAGCUCACUUGCCAGGGCUCCAAACUCUACAUGCCGUGUGGAGCUAGGGGUCUGCGAAGAUCAACCUGAUUUUUGUACAUUUGGGUCUGCCUCUUGACCAAUUAGAUCUUUGCACUUAUACUGUGUUGGGUGGGUAAUUUGUAAGGAAAGCAUUGAUAAUGCAGGUAAUAAAAUAUGACAAGUAGCAGUAACUCAAGCAACUGGACAUGAUUUUGCAAAAUUUUUAUCUUAAGUUUCCCCGGAUUGACAUGACAUAGGUAAAAUACAACACAUGUGUACUCUGUAUUGCCCUCCCCUGGGUCGGAUGGCCCUCCGGCCGUUGGGCGAUCUUACCUCGGGUUUGGUUUGGUUACACAGAACUCCAUUAGUGACUGAUAUGUCACUAUUCUUCCUGGAGUCAGAGUGAUUUGUAGAUAAUCACCAAUUCUAGACGGAAGGAUUUUGCACCAUCGCACACUUGGGUGAUGCAGAAUACCACAUGUUGUACUCUAGAACACACUUCUUGAGCAUGUUCUGAUUUAGGCCUUGGCAAGUGGGCCAAAUGAUGAUAUCUGUACAUAUAUAGCUUUAAAGUUUGUGACCUAUAUCACAUCUUUGAUGUUUUAUUCUUUGUAUACAAUAGAUGGGUUUAUCAAUCUAACAGAAGAAGGUCCAAGAAAAAGGCUGGGUAUUGAUGUUGUACAGUAUUUUAUUGUUGUACAGAUUGUAUUCGGGGUAAAGAAAAAGAGAUGCCUAAGAGGCGAGAGAAACAUGUACGGACCUUUGAUGUUGUAAGAGAGAUUCUAUUUUUUGUAUGGGACUGAUGAAUACACGGGGGAAACGUACUGAGCUAAGGAAAGUGCUUGUUCAUGUAUGCUGUGACGUGACGUCACUUUAAAAGACGAGCAGUAUUUUAUGACUAGAUGCGAGAGCUUCAAUGGAACCAACUUGUGUAUUGGUGCAUAUCUGAAUGCUUCUUGACGAUAGAAAUUAUUCAUCUCUUGGGUAAAACCUUUCAAUAUUGUGUUGACAUGAUGUUGGUAUUGCCCCUUCAAUUAGUUUUAGCAUACAGUCGACUUCUUGUACAUACAGAUUUGUAUCCACAAUGAGUAAUUUGAUGUUGACUGCUACAUCAUGGUGACACAAACAUGCAAAAGGUGGUUCAAUGAUUGUAAGGAAAACACAGUGAAAUGAUCCCUUUAGUGUCCGCACUAUAUGGUUUCCCUGAUGCUAUUAAGUUUAUGGUUUGGUUUAACAAACUUAAAUUAUUAUCCAUGUAAGGUGAUUUCUUCAAUCAAGUUUUGAUCAUAUACAUGUACAUGUAGGUUGCAGCUGGGAGUUGUAACAGCAUACCUACACGGAGGUGUUGCACGGGGUCCUUGCUGAAUAAUAUCAGUGAUGCAGAACCACAAUUUUGCAUGUUCAGAGGUUGCUUCAGUGUAAUACUAUCGUACCUCCAAAAUUAUUUAAACUUUAAACUCUUAAAAUUAUUUUCAUGUAUGCAGCCAGAGAAUCACUACGCACUGGUUACUUUAAAUUUGAAGAUUAUUUUCAAAAUUUUCAGGGCACUAUAUUUUGAAGCCCAAUAAUAUUUUUACUUCUUUGAUAAACUGUGAACUUCCACAGGUUAUUUGAUAUAGUGUGCGUCCAUCUGCAUCAUGGUUUGAAGUUAUUUAUGUAGCUGGAUAGGCUUGUCAAAAUCCAGUGUCUUUUCAAAUUUGUAUUGACCAGUGUCAUUAGGGCUGUGUACCUAAAUACCCGUACCUGUACCGUACCUGAAAAAUUGUUUAGGUACAGGUCCGGACCUAAACAUCUGUGUACCUGUACCUGUACCUAAACACACUAAAGCACUUGAGGACACCACUUUUAAAGGCUACAGAUACAUAAAUUCCAAAUCAAAGAUGACAAUUGUGAUAAUCUUGCAGUUGAAAAUCAAUAAAACUUUGUUUUGAGGUUCAAAUAUCUAAAUCCUCAUACAAAGGUGACAAUUUUUCUCUAAAAAAGACAGUUGGCUACAUUUAUAACUUACAGAUAAUUGAUCAAAUUUGUUUAGGUACAGGUAAAGGUCCGGACCUGUACCUAAACCUGUGUACUUGUACCUGUACCUAAAAUUUCUUUAGGUACACAGCCCUAAGUGUCAUAAGAGAUGUGAAGCGAUUGAAUACUUGUAUUGAGUAUUUUAGUGCAACAUGUUUGUUAUUUGGUUGUGGACAACCAGUCUCAGAGAUGUAACCGUCAAAAACAGAUGCAUCGGCACAAUUGACUGCAAUUAUUGUAUGCAAGUUAAAUGUUCUUGGUUUGAACAUUGUUUUGUAUCAUUUUUUUGUGUCAGGAAGUCAUUAAAAUUUAUGAUACACUGCAAAA